AUGGCGGACCGGAGCGUUUAUUCUGCGAGUGCCCACAGCCCAUCGCAUGAUUUCACCACCUACAAUGGAGCGAUGUAUGAUAAUGGCAGCGCUGGAGGUGAUACUCCUGAUGCCGAUAGUAUGCCUCGUAGCCAAACAAAAUUGUAUGAGAGACCAGAAGAAGUUAAGCGAGAGGAUGAUUUCGUUUUCAAGGCAAAAAUUAUGGUUUCCUUAGUCUUAUUUCUCGCUGUUGCAGCUGUGGCUAUCAUUGCUUACUUACUUGUCUCGCAGCAAGAACAUGAGGAGUUUGAAAAUCAGUUCAACGGGCGUGCAUCUGAAAUCGUCGCUGUCGUUGGUCAAUCGAUGGAAAACCUCUUUCGAACUUUGGAUUCUUCUUCGGUAAUGAUCUCUUCUGAAGCAUCAAUUCAAAACGCAACUUGGCCAUUCGUAACUAUUGAGCACUGGUCGUCCAAAAUGUCAAGAGUUGCUCCUCUUUGGGGCUUGGGGGGAUCUAUCCUUGCUUUUGCACCAGUUGUGCAGAAAGAAAUGAUCAAUGACUGGACUAUCUACGCCGAGCAAAAAGCUCCCGCUUGGUAUCAAGCCUCUAUUGACCAUGAAGAUUCAAACGCAACGGUUGAAGAUUUUAUCAUGCAUACUAUUCCUUAUGUUCAUAACUACGGCUUGGACCUGUCCCAGCCAACCGAAAUAGAUCACGAUGGACCUGUUUUGCCAAUCUGGCAGACUUACCCAUUGAGGAGAGGCGCUAUCCUUUCUGAAAUCAAUGAUCUUCCGACCAACUACGACCUGUCGGUAGGGUUCCAUGGUGAAACGCAGCUGAUUGCAGCAGCCAAUGCUUCUCUCAGUCCUGUUGUUGCUUUUCCAUCGCUGCAUACAAGCGUGGCAACGAAGCGAAUGUUUGCACAGAGUACAAUUGUACAACCGAUCUUUAGUGAAGUCGACGCUAAAGCUGAAGAUGCAAAAGUUGUUGCCGUGUUGUCGUGGCAAAUUGACUGGUCCGCUGUCUUAUCGAAUCUAGUAGACCAAGAGUUCGCUGGAAUCCUCGCUGUCAUCCGAAGCAGCUGCCAAACAACCGAUCUAGAAGAGCGCAUCGAGUCUAUCUCCUAUAGAAUCAAUGGGCCAAGAACCAUCAUGUUGUCAGACAACGAUGUUCAUGAAGUUGAAUUUGAUGAAAUGGAAGUAUCCGAAACCCUGGUUGAUUUUGAUGCUGACGAAUCCGAACUCUCCGCUGGGGAGUGUAUUCCAAAAGUUACUCUUCACCUGUACCCAACAAAAGACUUUCAAUUCAGAUAUGUCACUCAGAGUGCUUUGUUCUCAUCAGCUGUGGUGGUACUCAUUUUCUGUUUCACGACGAUUGUUUUCCUGAUAUACGAUUUCGCUGUGAAACAAAGACAGAGGGUUGUCAUGGAUCGCAUCAUGCGCCAGGACUUAAUCGUUUCUGACGUCUUUCCAUCUGCCAUCCGAGACCGCCUGUACACCAAACGAAUUCACGAGAACGACGACGAAUUCAUGAGUGAAGAAAUGCCCUCUAUGGAUUUUCGCACCUCAGCCAUCAUUGGAAAGGCUCCGCUUGCCGAUCUAUUUCCAAACACGUCCGUGAUCUUCGCUGAUAUUGUUGGCUUCACAGCCUGGUCAUCUGCACGCGAGCCUUCUCAGGUUUUCGUCCUGUUGGAGACACUUUACAGUGCCUUUGACAAAAUUGCCUAUCGCCAAGGCGUGUUCAAAGUCGAGACUGUUGGCGAUUGCUAUGUAGCAGCAGCCGGAAUACCAGAACCAAAUGAAGAGCACGCAGUUAUUGCUUCUCGAUUUGCUCGAAGCUGCCUAAGAGCAAUGAAAGACAUCACGGUGCAAUUGGAAGUUUCCUUGGGACCAGAUACAUCUGAGCUCGACUUGCGGAUUGGGAUUCACAGUGGGCAAGUUACAGCUGGUGUAUUGCGAGGUGAGCGUAGCCGCUUCCAGCUCUUUGGUGACACAAUGAACACUGCUGCCCGAAUGGAACAUACUGGAGAGAGGGGUCGCAUUCAAAUCACCCAAGCCACCGCUGACCUUUUGAAGGAAGCAGGAAUGGGAAAAUGGACCGUGCCUAGAUCGAACACAAUUUUCGUCAAGGGUAAAGGACAAAUGCAAACGUACUGGAUGAAGACCUCUAAACCUUCUAUUUCGAAGAAGAAGUCUACACUAACGGUUCAAAGCGAUAUCCCGCUCACUAUUGACGAAACUGUCGAGACAGAGGCAUCUUCUGAUACCCAGUCGGUCGAGUCAGAGGAUACGGAAAGUCCUGGUGAUGAAUUUCAUCUGAAUCUCGAUGCUGCCGUCGGGGAAAUGUCUAAGAUAGACCGCCUCGUCGAAUGGAAUGUGGAAACGAUGUCAUCUCUACUUCAGCAAGUCAUUGCUUCUCGAGGAGGUGCCCUUCAGCCUAUUGACAGUCUUCUUAGCAUAGAAGCUGUAGUUGGCCAUGGUCGCACGGUCCUCGAAGAGUUUGAGCCUAUUGUUCACUUGAAGCAUUUUGAUGCGAAAGAGCUGAGCGGACGGCUUGAUCCGGACACGAUCGAUAUUGGCGAAGCUGCCCGAUCACAGCUCCGAAAGUUCCUAUCGACGAUAGCGUCACUCUAUCAGAAUAAUUCAUUCCACAACUUUGAGCAUGCGAGUCACGUCACUGCAUCUGUCAAGAAGCUAUUGAGCCGCAUUGUCAAAGUUGGAGAAAGCAAUGGUCUCGGCUCGAAGAGCUCUGUUGAUCUGGUCGAUGUUGCAGGCCAUUCGUAUGGCAUUGCAUCCGAUCCAUUAACUCAGUGUGCUGUUGUAUUCUCCGCAAUCAUCCAUGAUGUCGAUCAUCCCGGAGUUCCAAACUCACAACUCGUCAAGGAAAAUGAUCGAAACGCCCAGAUUUACAAGAACAAGUCUGUCGCCGAGCAAAACAGUGUCGAACUGGCAUGGCAAAUCUUCAUGCAAGAUGAAUACAAGGAUCUCAGAGCUUGUUUCUACCAGACGGAAGAAGACCUUCGUCGCUUCCGACAGCUAGUGGUGAAUACAGUCAUGGCCACUGAUAUUGUCGACAAGGAACUCCAAGCACUCCGUAAGAAGAGAUGGGAUGCUGCCUUCUCAGGUACUUUCCUUUACGAACCCGAUGACGUCAGUGUAGAUCGCAAGGCUACCAUUGUAAUUGAGCACUUGAUCCAAGCUUCCGAUGUGUCACACACCAUGCAACAUUGGCACAUUUACAAAACAUGGAACGAGAAGUUCUUCAUGGAAUGUUACGGCGCCUUCAAGGCCGGGCGAGCGGACAGUGAUCCAAGUAUCAACUGGUACAAGGGUGAGAUUGGAUUCUUUGACUUUUAUGUGAUUCCAUUGGCAAAGAAGCUUGAUGAGUGCGGUGUAUUUGGAGUAUCUUCGGACGAGUAUCUCAACUACGCGAAGGGGAAUCGCGAAGAAUGGCUUUUUGCAGGAACCAGAGCUCCGGAGGGUGUCUUGUUUGGACCCGCAAUCGAUACUUGGAGUCCACUGGAAGCCAAAUGA